UUCACACACUAUCGUGCAUCUUAAUUGUUUUAUGAUAAACAUUACUAUAGUUAAUUGUUAUAAACAUUACUGUUUGAAUAUUAACGAAGGGUGUGGUUUUUAUGGGGGCCGUGAUCACUAUUGGUUGGGUAAGCUCAUGGGCGGGAAUUGUGUGUGGCUUCAGCGUAUAAAAUGGGCUUAAAUUCAAAACGUUGUUAAUAUCUUAUGUUGAAGUAGGUCUGGUGCGGUGAGUGCCUUCAAAUAUGAGGACGAUGUCUAGUGAUAUACCUGACCAGACAGAUUUGGUGAAACGGGUUCCCAAACCUCUCAUGGAGAAGCGGAGGAGAGACCGUAUUAACCAGAGUUUGGAAACAUUGAGGCUUCUGUUGGCGGAGAACACAUGUAAUGAGAAACUGAAGAACCCCAAAGUGGAAAAAGCUGAAAUCCUGGAGAGCGUUGUUAAUUUCCUGAAGGCUGAGCAGCAAUCCAGACCAUACUCGUAUCCAAUCAAAAAAGGAAAGAGAAAAUAUGAGGAAGAAGAUGAGCUGGGAUCUCCUUGUAAACGUCAACUGAACUACCAUGAUGGCAUGAGAACAUGUCUGCUCAGGGUUAGUAAUUUUAUUGCAAGCAAGAGCCAAGAGUUAGAGGGGAACAUGCAGGUGACCAUGCAAGAGGAACUUAAAGACCAUUCAAUUCAAAGUCACCUAGUGCCCGCUCUGCACCUCAGACAUGAUGGUGGGUCUAUACCAGGGCAGCAGGCAUUUACUUAUGUGGAGUCGACCAGCUCCUGCAUGGCAUUGGAUCAGUCCUUAAUUUCUCAAAGUACUGCCAUAUAUGAGCCUACAAAGAUGACGGCUUCCAGCUCUAAACUGCCUUUGAUGUCAAGUGAUUCUGUGUGGAGGCCUUGGCCACAGUAGAGACAAACCAUCAUUAAAUGUCAUCCAAAAACUGAUCAGAAUCAUUCACAGAUUGAAUUUAUCAAGAGCUCAUAAUGUUUAUGACUCAUUUACGUGCAAAAGACUGUGAAAUGUGCAGCAUAUGUAAAUAUGUGGAUUUUGUACAAUAGAUACUGAAAUCUUUAUUUUGAUAUGGACAAUGACAACAAUCUGUGUGUGUCACAUAUAUAUUUUGUACUUGAUAGCAUAUAUUUUUGUGACGUGUUUCUAAUUUUUGAAAUACUAAUUUUUGGAGGAUGCAAGCAAUUUUGAAAAAAAAAAUUCCAUACCUUUUUGUACUUCAAUCAAUGAAAUGAUUAUGGAUCUUUCUAAUGGCUCAAGAAGCAUUAACUUAAUCAAACUAAAAUGAUUUUUUUAUCAGAUUUGAGAUAGUGUUAAUUGAUAAUUGAGAUAGACACUUAUAGUAGUCUGGUUGAUUUUUUUUUUUUUUUUUUCUUUUACUGUUUUUAUAUGUGCUGUGGUUUUUCUUGACAGCACAGGCUUUGACGUCUUUUAGUCAAGUGUAGCCAAAGUAAAGUGUGUAUAUAUAUAUGUAUAUAUUGAAAGAAUAAACCUGUCUACGGAUAUAUUCUUGAACAAGUUUCUUUGUUGAAUUUGUUCUGUCUUUUACAUAACCAUCCAUUUAUUUCAUGAGGUAUAUUUCAAAACAUUACUCCUCAGAAUUCCUCUGAAAGUUUAGUCUUAUAAGCUGCAAAUAGGCCAAACAUUUCCAGACUUUCAAUUCACUAAUGUUCCACUUAAGUUCAUUGUUAUCUCAUUAACAUGUGCAGAAUGCUGCAGCUGCCUGGCUAAUUUAAAACAUUUAGAUGCAAAUAAGUGAUUAGGCUUUUUUGCUCUCAUCUUAACUGUUGUCUUUUGCACCCUCUUCCAACACAAUUUGAAGUGAAGUGAACACUUAAACUAUUUGAAAAUCUUCAAUAAAAUUUAAAAUUGCUACACAUAUCUUACACUUUCAUCUAAACAAUGAACGGUUUUGGCUUAAAAAUUGCUUCAUUAAAGACAAAUCGAUGAGUGCUCUUACAGAACAGAGCAGUUACUGCAGACAAAUAUGAUCUGCAGCAUAAAUAAUAUAAUACAUAACAAUGGAACACUGAGAAUAAUUCUACACUCUAUGAAAGAAUUGCUUCAAAUAGCCUUAGAUGAGACUUUGAUCAUCAAUUCUGUUUCCUCAUCUGGAAACAUGUUUUUCACCACCAGCCAAAGAACCUGAACUUAGAUACACUUUUAUACUCUGAUAUAUGCUUUG